CGGUCACACUGCGCGAAUGGACAAAAAUUAGAACAAAAAAAGAGGCGAAUUCGCGAAUUGAUGAAAACGCCGCUGCGGAAAUUUUGCCAGCCGAAUGAACACCCACACGCCGGAGCGAGCGGGUGAUUUGCAAACGGAGGAGCGUAAGAUAAAAGGCACGGCGGCGAGCUGAGAGGCGUCACGUAGACGGUACGACUCUGAUCGAUAUAUUCAACACAAGCGCACCAACACACACACAUACACACGUACAGACUCGGGCGCGUACGCACACGCACACAUGGAGAACACUCGAGGAGGAGGUGGCGAAAAUAACGUAGAAUCAGCCACCGGCGGGGCGGAAUUGGCCAAGGAAACGGCAGCGGAGGAGGUGCAAAAGUUGACGACCAGCCAUGUGGAGGGUAUGGAGCCCGCUCAAGGGGUAAACAGCAAUAACAACAACAACAAGACAGAGGCGGCGGCAUCGGCAACGGCGGUUCAGCUUUCGGUGGAAAACAACAACGCAAAUGCCCGCGGAAAUGUCAGUGCUGCAGAAGCAGCAGCAGCAACAACAACAAAGGCAAAUACAGAGGAAACAGUAGCGGGCAGCAACAUUAAUGCAUUACCAAUACAGCAACAAGAACUGCAGCAGUCAGGCGAUGGGAAUGCAAAUAAGACAACUGCAGCAACAACCACAAACACAGCUAUUACAAUUACACCUACAACAAUAGAAGAGGAAGCAGCGGCAGUAAAGGCAGACGAGGCAUCAAAACCAACGACUGCGGCAGAGAAAGAAGCAACAACAACAACAGACGAGAAGACAGAAGAGCGCAAUCACAAGAAGAAGAAGAAAGAUAAGGAGCGCGAGCGAGAUGAAGAUAAGCAUCGACGCAGCAGCGCCACCAGCAACCACAACAACAGUACCAGCAAGGAUCGCGAGAAGGAACGUGAACGGGAACGUGAGAGAGAGCGCAAUCGAGACGGCAGUCACCGGGACAGCAGCUCCAAAUCCUCCAAAGAGACCGAACACAAGUCCAGUUCCUCGCGCAGCAAGGACAAGAAGUAUCAUCGCAGUGAUCGCGACAGGGAAAGGGAGAGGGAACGCGAUCGGGAGAAGAUUCCCUCGUCGUCGUCCAGCUCCUCGUCACACUCACAUCGCCGCCGCAGCUCGGAGAGCAGCAGAAGCAGUCAGAACAGCUCUUCCAAGUCCAAGGAAGCGGCAUCGGAACACAGCCUUAGCCAAGCGGUCACAGCUGCCCUUGAGCAGCAAAUAAAGGUUGAGGAAGGCAAAAAGGAACCAGUGGAAGUUAAACCAGAGCCGGAUGCCGUAACUUCAUUACCUGUACUUAGCAACAACAUCAAAACGGAAGCGGAAAUCAAAAAGGAAGAAGCGGUGCCCAAACUCCUGGUCAAUGGCGAGGCGACGGGGAAAAGCCGCGAAGAGGUCACCCGUCAGCUCAACUUUGGAGACAAGAGCAGCGCCAACUCCAAGCUGAUGCCAUCUCCAGCACCAAAAACCAGCUCAUCGGGAUCGAAUUCCGCCACAGCCAACAAUCAUUCCUCCAGUAACCGCAAGUCCUACACGUCAUCGUCCUCUAGCAACCAUCACAAGGGUUCUUCCUCUUCGUCAUCAUCGUCCCGUCACUCUUCCUCCUCGUCGCGAGACUGCUCAAAAUGCUACAAGCGUUCCAAGAUCAGACGUUCCAGCAUGGGUGUUCAGUGCCUGCAGCAUGCUCCUGUCCCCGGACCCUGGCAAACGGUGCAGAGUCUCCCGCCGAAGCCCAACCGGCAGCCGCCAGUUGGCUUGGAGAACCUCAAGUAUGGCUGCUACUUCCAGGUGGAACAGUAUCCCAAUGGUGGAGCGUCCAUUGUGCAUCUGUACCAGCACGAGAUCGAUGCCCUGCCGCCCGAGGAAAUGGAGGAGCUGGUGGAUGAGUUCUUCGAGGUUUGCUUUGCGGAGGAUGAGCAGGGUUAUGCCCACCACGUAAUGGGCAUUGUUCACGAUGCGGCACGCUAUCUGCCCGAUCUACUGGAGCACAUGGCAGAGAACUACUCAACGCUGACGGUGAAGGCAGGUGUGCUGGGCAGGAACUCGGAUAUCGAAACCUGUACGAUGUCGCAGUAUAAUGAACAGGUUGUUCGCAAUUAUUGCCAGGGAACCUUUCGCUAUGGACCUCUACAUCAGAUCAGUCUCGUUGGCAAGGUCCAUGAAGAGGUUGGCGGCUAUUUUCCUGAUCUUUUGAGACGCAUUGAAAUGAAUCCGUUUCUCAGAAAGACUAUGCCUUGGGCUUGUAAUUCCAUACUGCAGACGGAUCCCCGUCAGUCUAACGAUGGACCUAUCCUAUGGAUACGCGCUGGCGAACAACUAGUGCCCACGGCAGAGCUAAACAGCAAGACGCCGCUCAAAAGGCAGAGAACCCGCAUCAAUGAGCUGCGCAACCUUCAGUAUCUGCCCCGUUUAUCGGAGGCCCGUGAGACCAUGAUCGAGGAUCGCACCAAGGCGCACGCAGAUCAUGUGGGACAUGGCCACGAAAGGAUCACCACCGCUGCAGUUGGCAUUCUAAAAGCUGUUCACUGCGGACAGACGUACAACCAGAACCGCAUCACCAAGGAUGUGGUGGCCUUUGCCGCCCAGGACUUUAAUCAGAUGGUGGAGAUGCUGCAGCUGGACCUGCACGAACCGCCCAUCUCGCAGUGCGUGCAGUGGAUCGAGGACGCCAAACUCAACCAGUUGCGACGCGAAGGCGUCCGCUAUGCCCGCAUCCAGUUGUGCGACAACGACAUCUACUUCCUGCCCCGCAACAUCAUCCAUCAGUUUCGCACGGUAACGGCCGUGACGAGCAUAGCCUGGCAUCUCCGCCUGCGACAGUAUUACCCGGGCCAGGAAGUCAUCAAUGAGCGGAAUAACCCCGUGCUGGCCGAGACGCCGCACUACAAGGAGAAGCAAACGAUAUUGCCGAAUCCGAUUGGACAAGAUGAGGGCUGUGGCGGUGGUGUCGGCAAGAAGACGCCCUCAAAGCGGACGCACGAUGGCAAGGCCAAAAAGAAGCUGAUUGAUCUCGAGCCGGGCAAGGAGCGUCGUUCCAGCGAGAGCAGCAUGGACGAGCAAGCGUCGGCCUCGCCCAGCCAGAACCAAGAGAGUAGCGGCAGUGGAAGUGGCAGUGGCAGUGCCGCUAGUUCACCCAAAAAGAAGCCCAGUAAAGAUGACUCCAAGAUAGACAUGAGGAAGAUGGUACUCGAGCACAAGUACAAGCUGACCAAGGCGGCGGCAGUCCUGGGCAGCCACGAAAGCAAGGAAAAGCCUAAGAAGGAUAAGUCCAGGGAUAAGGAAAAGGAGGACAAGGAGAAAGAUAAGGAUAAGCUCAAGGAUAAAGAGAAGGAGAAGGACAAAGAAAAGGAUAAGGAGAAGGAUAAGGAAAAGAAGGAUAAAGAUAAAGAAAAGGAGAGGAAGGAUAAAGAAAAGGAUUCGGAGAAGGAUAAGAGAAGCGAUCACACGCCCAAAAAGCAUCCAGCAACGCCAGCCAAGACCUCAACCCUAAGUGCGCCUUCGCCGGCCAAGAUGCCACGCCUAAACAAUGAAGCAGCUACCAAUCCUUCCGCUGCGGCUGUUGCACCUUCAAUCCCUACUCCCAUCCCAACACCCACCCCUCUGCCAACUCCUAUACCCACUCCUGCACCCUCUAAAACCUUGACACCGCCUUCAAUCCUGUCGGGACUGCCACCGCCACUUGUGCCUCAGACGACGCCUUUCAUUCACCAUCAUCGCUUGAACCAAAAGGAGCCCGAGAUCAAGAUCGAAGUGAAGAUCGUGUCCGAUAGCAAAAGCAGUGAUACCAGUACCUCUAGUGUGGCAGCAACUCCUCCUCCCCCACCGCCGCCGCCGCCGCCGCCACCUCCCGAACCCGAGCCCGUCGACGAUGUGGGCAACGAGUUAAUCGUGGAGAGCACACCGCAACUGGAUGAGGCGGAGGUGCCUGAAGUGUGUGCCGAGGAGGAGAUUGUAGAAAUGGACAUACCCAUACCCAAGGAACCGCCGAUCCUGGGACUCGCAACUCCCAGAGAAGUCACCUCCAUGUCUGUUUCAGUGAUUCGUCAACCAUCGGGAUCAGCACCAGCAGCACUAACAGCACCUCUUCCUACUUCUGCGCCGCCUCCAUCCGCCGCUCAUCAAAUUGUUAAGGUAGUUCUGCCCGCCUCCCUAACUUGUCCAAACAUCACCAGAAUGUCGGUGGUGCUGCCUCCCCUGCCUCCAUUGCCACCGUCAAGGUCAACGGCACCGCCGCCUCCACCACCGCCACCGAGCAGCAGCGGCAGCAGCAGCCUCACCACCACCACCAACCCCUCCCCAUUGAAGCCCACCUACAAGACCUUCAGCUUGCCCUCGCACAAGAUCAUCAUAGCAGGCGGUAAUCGAGUGGCCGUCAAUAAAGGAGCAACUAAAACGCCAGUGGAUCUGCUGGGCUCCAUAAUGGCCAGCAUGGACAAGCCGGGAGCGGGCAGUAGUAACUCCUCAUCCACCACAUCAACGACAUCCUCGGCAACAACGAAUAAUAGUUCACUCUCCCCCUACGCCAACUCCAACAAUAGUUAUUAAGAAAACUAUUGGAAGCUAGCUUGGGGUUAAAAGCAGCAGAGUAGAGGCUCCUCUUUUUGGACUUUAAAUGUGAAACGAUAUAUAUCAGGAAAGCCACAGAAAUCACUGCGGAAUUAACAUCUCUUAAAAGCGAUCCAAAUGUUUGCUUUGAUAUUUCAACUAGGUAGAUCUUAAAUUUCCAGCUAUUUCUGUGGCACUCCUGUUUAUAUUUUUGUAAAUUUAAUCAAAGCCUCCCGGGGUUUCUGUUUAACGGAAGCCCAGAGAGGUAUCAUCCUUUGCGGGAAGAGAUCAGAAAAGGCUGAAGGAGUGUCUCCCUCACUUGCCACCAAACUUGAAUUCUAUGUUUCACUAAUCUCCAGUUUCCUGGCGACCGUACAACACCUCCUUAAGCCUUGAAAACGAUCUCUCCCUAAAUUGUACAUAGCCAAAAAAAAAAGUUAAUUUGUAGACAGACACAUAAAAACCACAACACCUAUAUAUUUUAUAUUACAAAAUACGUAGAUUUGUAAGCUCAAAAUGCGAGACGACGACACUUGAUAGAGAUGUAGUUUUUUAAUUUAUUUACACACCGCUGGCACUUUAUAGCUACAACAAUUGUAACGUUUUUUAAAUGCAGCCAAGGUCGAGGUCAACAUUUAA